GUGCUGCUGCUACUUGUUAAGCCCCAAAGCCUGAGUCGAUGGUAGCGGAUAUUACCGGUUCAGAUUCUUUCCGAUUGCAACUUUCACAAGCGUUUCCUACUCUCUGAACUUUAAUUCCAGGCUACAUUUUCCGUGCCUCCUGGUCAAGUGACCCAAAUGUGCUGCAAUGGUGACAUAAAGACUUGACGGAGACUGGGAAGUAGCGGAAAUACCACCUUUCUUUUGCCCCUUUACAUUUUUAUGGUGCUUCGAUUGGGAACCGUCUGAGACAAGCAUAUACAACAUGAGUUUUAUCAUGAAGCUUCAUAGACAUUUUCAAAGGACGGUUAUUCUGCUUGCCACCUUCUGUAUGGUGAGCAUUAUCAUCUCCGCGUAUUACCUGUACAGUGGCUACAAGCAGGACACGGAACUCUCUGAAAUGGCUUCACAAGUGGACUGUGGGGCUCUCCAGCACCUGCCGUACAGGCCAGUGGAAGUGAAGGUGGCGAAGCCUUUUGAUUCCUUGAGGACAGACCCCAUCGUCCUGGUGUUUGUGGAGAGCCAAUACUCCCCCCUUGGUCAAGACAUCAUUAUGAUACUAGAAUCAAGUAGAUUCCAGUAUCACAUUGAAAUUGCUCCUGGGAAGGGGGAUCUUCCGGCACUUAUUGACAAAGCUAAAGGGAAAUAUAUUCUCAUUAUUUACGAGAAUAUUUUGAAGUAUAUAAAUAUGGACUCUUGGAAUAGAGGUCUUUUAGAUAAAUACUGUAUGGAAUAUGGUGUGGGUGUUAUAGGAUUCCACAAAACCAGUGAGAAGAGCCCGCCUAACUUUCAGUUAAAAGGUUUCCCUUUCUCCAUAUAUGGGAACCUUGCUGUUAAGGAUUGUUGCAUUAACUCUCAUUCUCCACUGCUUCGGGUAACCAAAUCUUCUAAGCUUGAGAAAGCUCAUUUGCCUGGAACUGACUGGACAGUUUUCCAGACCAACCAUUCAGCCUACCAACCAGUAAUAUUUGCCAAAGUAAAGACCCCAGAAAAUCUUUCUCCUCCCAUCUCUAAAGGUGUUUUCUUUGCCACUAUCAUACAUGACCUGGGGCUUCAAGAUGGGAUUCAGAGAGUCCUUUUCGGCAACAACUUGAACUUCUGGCUGCACAAGCUCAUCUUCAUAGAUGCGAUCUCCUUCUUGUCAGGCCAGAGGCUGACAUUGUCCUUGGACAGGUACAUCCUUGUGGACAUCGAUGACAUUUUUGUGGGGAAGGAGGGAACAAGAAUGAACACCAAUGAUGUGAAGGUAAAGUAG